GUUUAAAGCGGGCUGUGGAAUACGAGCCACCGCCGUCCACGACUCCAUGCUCCCACCCACCACACAUUGCCUGACCGCCGCGCUGCCUAGUCAUCUGCCCCGCCUCCUGCCUUCACUCAUUCCAGCAUGACUCACGAAGAUGAAAUGAAAGAGGCAGCACUCGCAGCCGCCGGUGAGGCAGAGACACCAACAGACAAGCUGCGGUGUCUGUGUCUGAGCCGCGGCUACAACGGUAUCAUGCAGUUUGGAAGGCUUUUCCGAAUAGCUGAUGAUGACGGCAGCCGCACCCUGAACCUAGAGGAGCUGACGGAGGCGCUGCAGAACUUUGGACUCGAGCUGUCUGAGGAGGAGGUCGGAGAAAUCUUCGGCGCCAUGGACGAGGACGGCACAGGCUCCAUCAACUAUGAUGAAUUCCUUGACAAGCUGAGGCCUGAGAUGACAGAGGAUCGCACGGCGGUGGUACUGGAGGCCUUCGCGAAGCUGGACGAGUCUGGGGACGGCAUGGUCACUCUGGAGGAUGUAAAGGGCAAUUACGACGCCUCCAACCACCCGAAGGUCGUGUCCGGUGAGAUGUCUGAGGACGACGUGCUCACCAGGUUCCUCGGACGAUUUGAGGGCAAUACCAAGCAGGACGGUGAGGUAACGAAGGAGGAGUUUCUGGAAUACUACUCUGGCGUCAGUAAAUCUAUAGACGAGGACGAAUACUUUGUGGAGAUGAUGAAGCAAGCAUGGAAGCUGUAAGGUGUGAUGAACUGCUACGGGUCGAGAAGGAGAGAGACAGCUUCAAACACCGCCUCGAACUGCGCACCGCAACUCCUAAAGUAGCAUUUGAACCUCCCACUGCAAGCAACCCGCGCCCUGCAGAUCAAUAAAGACAUGACAGUUAUUGUUGUUGGUGACGCUUCUUGAAAGAAGUAACCCUCAGACGAAUUAAUUUUAUUCGUGACACUAACAAACGGAGUCUUCACGUUACAAGCUUCGGAAUGUUCAGAUGGCGGGAGGCUCGAACACUGCCGUGAAGAGUAUUGGGUGUUGUGUAUCGAUGUCUUGGUUGUCGCUGUUUGUGUUUGAGUUAAGAAAGUCACGAGCAGGGUGAGUCACCCGCCAGCACGGUGAAUGUGAUUGUGGUAUCACCAGCUUUUUGUUUCCUGAUCACCUAUGGCCUUGAACUCUAGUCUAUUAUGCAUGUUAUCCUGUUCACCCACCCCCACCCCGCCUCCCCAAACUCACACACACACACACACACACACACACACACACACACACACACAUUUUCGCAGAUGAUCAAUGUAGCCAAAUUACUGAUACAAUUAUAUCUAUUUAGCAACUUCACUGUUAUUGUCUCUGUAAAGGGAAAGAACAAAAUUGCUCUUGAAUCAAUCUUGCAAGUCUUUUUUUCGUGACUGCCAGCCAGGUUGUUACAUCCAGAAUUGUUGACAGCUCAUCCUAACAUCACGGACAGUCACGGAAAGGCCUUGAUGUAACUACACAGCCUACACUAGUCUCAGCAGAGGCUCGAGUAGGUCAUAUCAAGAUGGAAUAAAAUGAUUGUGGGGAUUAAAGCGAUGAAAAAUCUUUUAAUGAGCCGAAAAUUACUUUAAUCUUUUGUGCAGUGGUAGUGAUUCAGUUGGCGAUAUUGGGAUGGCGAAUACACACACAGAUAAACACACACACACACACACACACACACACACACACACACACACACACACAUGUUUCAGUUCACCUUCUGUGUGUAUGUAAGUGCACUCAAAUAGUAGUAAUGCAAUAUUCAUGUCUCUUCUUGGUAUGAAUGCUCUUCGGAAUUCAGGCGACUGACGCACGAGGAUGAAUCAUUGUGUUCAAUUAUGUUUUAUCACAACUCACACAUUUAUCGUAAUCAAUUACUAUCUAAUAUGAUAUUGUAGUAAAGAUAAUGGUUUCCUGUGAAAAGCUGCAGAUGCGCUAACCGUGACUCUUUUAUUUGUGUGGCUUGGCAUGUUGUUAAAUGAGGAGGAAGGUAAACAUCGUACGACAGAUAAAAGUCAAUGAUGCAAAUUGACGCUUGUGUAAAACUUUUUAGCAUUUAUCUUUUGCUUCACUGAUAAAGUAAAUAAUAUAAA